GUUUGGCCAACCUGAAUUCUUCAUGGAUAGGGUGACUGGCUAUAUUUAGAGGGGUUCAGUUAUAUUGAAGGGGCUUCAGACCUGGCUGCCUAUAGUUGUGCAUUCACCAGCUAGGACAGUCUGUCGUGAACUGCCUCAUUUCCAUCCACUUCCUGUACUAUAAGAAUGGAUCCCCAAAGCUUGAAGGAAGAUCUCCGUCUGUUUCAAAGCACUCUGCUGCAGGAUGGACUCAAAGAGCUUCUGAAUGAGAAUAAGUUAAUCGAUUGUAUCCUAAAGGUUGGAGACAGAAGUAUCCCCUGCCAUCGGCUCAUUCUAGCAGCAUGCAGUCCUUAUUUCAGGGACCUUUACUUCUCAGAGGAUGGCAAGGAACUGGACAGCAAGGAGGUUGUUCUACAGGACCUGGACCCGAAUAUUAUGGAGGUGAUUGUGAAUUACAUGUACUCAGCAGAGAUUGACAUCAACGAAAGCAAUGUGCAGGAUAUUUUGGCCGUUGCCAAUCGCUUCCAGAUCCCUUCAGUGUUCACAGUUUGUGUGAAUUUUCUGCAGAAGAAUCUGUCAAAGAAAAACUGCCUUGCCAUCUACCGACUGGGACUGAUGCUGAACUGUGCCAGACUGGCAAUGGCAGCUCGAGAUUACAUUGCAGAUAGGUUUGAAACCAUAGCCCAGGAUGAGGAGUUCUUAGAGCUGGCUCCACAUGAACUAUUUGCCAUUAUUGGAGCAGAUGCACUGAAUGUAGAAAAAGAAGAGGUAGUGUUUGAGUCCGUCAUGAGGUGGAUCAGGAAAGACAAAGAGAAGCACGUGAAAUCCUUAGGAGACGCCUUUGAGUACAUACGCUUUCGUUUGCUCCCAGAGAAGUACUACAAGGAAAAGGUAGAGAAAGAUGACCUUAUCAAGUCUGAUCCUGAGCUUGUCAAAAAACUGAAGGUCAUAAAGGAAGCUUUUGCAGGGAAGCUACCUGAAAAGAAAAAGGGAAAAGAUAGCGAGGAAGGAGAGGAAGGAACAUUGCCUGGUUACCUGAAUGAUACCCGCAGAUACGGCAUGUAUAGCAGAGACCUGUUGUUGAUGAUCACUGACACUGCUGCUGUGGCCUAUGACGGCCAGGAGAAUGAAUGUUUUCUAGCUGCAAUGGCUGAGCAGAUUCCCCGAAACCACGUCAGUCUGACAACAAAGAAGAACAAUCUGUAUGUGUUAGGAGGACUCUUUGUUGAUGAAGAGAACAAAGAAAACUCACUGCAAUGUUACUUCUACCAGUUGGACGCUCUUGCAGCUGGAUGGAUUGCUCUUCCGCCCAUGCCUUCCCCUAGGUGUCUCUUUGCUAUGGGGGAAUUUGAAAAUCUCAUCUUUGCUGUAGCAGGAAAAGAUUUACAGUCCAAUGAGUCUCACGAUAGUGUUUUGUGCUAUGACACUGAAAAGAUGAAGUGGACUGAAACAAAAAAGUUGCCCUUGAAAAUCCAUGGCCACUGCGUCGUGUCUGAGAAUGGGCUGGUGUACUGCAUCGGAGGCAAAACAGAUGACAAUAAAGCAACCAACAAGAUGUUUGCAUACAACCACAAGAAGUCAGAGUGGAAGGAGGUGGCUUCAAUGAAGAUACCCAGAGCGAUGUUUGGAGCAGUUAUCCACAAAGGGAGGAUUAUUGUGGCUGGAGGAGUCAACGAUGAAGGCCUGACAGAUGCAUGUGAAGCUUACGACUUUGGAACAAACAAGUGGUCGCCCUUCACCGAGUUUCCCCAGGAGAGGAGUUCAGUUAACCUGGUCAGCUGUGCAGGGCUGCUGUACGCUGUAGGAGGCUUUGCCAUGGUGGAGAAUGAGAACAAAGAGUGUGCACCCACUGAAAUCAUUGACAUAUGGCAGUAUGAAGAUGACAAGAAACAGUGGACUGGUAUGAUCAGGGAGAUGCGUUACGCAGCUGGAGCCUCCUGUGUGUCCAUGCGCCUGAACACAGCCAGGAUGCCGACACUGUAAUAACAGUCCAGGGACAUAAGAGUACAUUAAAUUUACUGUUGUAGGCAAGAAUAUUAUAUACAUGCUCUUAUGUAGCGGCUCAUUGUUGUCAUUUAUCAUCUUCGCCACAUCUCCUUUGCUAUUCCCCACACCUCACUUCAACCCAUUACAUAUGUGUGUAAUUACUGCUAACAGGUAAAGGUCUGCAUAGAAACAUUUUCCUCUGUCAGCUUGAAAACAUUCUUUUAUUCAGCUGCAAUGUGAAGUGUAGAACUUUUGAGUAUUAAAAUAUCUCC